UCCCAUCCAUCCCUCUCAUCCUUUCGCUACCCUCAGCACGUCAUCCGCCUCAGCUCUGAGACCCAAUUGCUUUCCAGAACAUCUCCGUUCUUGUUUUCAAAAUGGCCAAUAUGUGGUCGCCCGCCCAGCAUGGGACUGAUCAAGGCGGCUAUGCCAGCUUUCAGCAAGACUCAAUGGCCGGCCCAACCUCGCCAGGCGCGUCCCCGUCGUCUCCUGGGCGUAGAGCGCUCAAUUGGUUCAAGCGUCCAUCAUCCAACUCUCGCAGCAGAGAGAGGGAGGAGAAGAGAGCGACUUCGCCAAAUGAUCGCGCUUCUCGCACGCCCAGCCCCACCUUUGUGGUGCGCAACGUCACCAAGCAACCUGGCGGCGUGUCCAUCGAAGCGCCCAAUGCUCCUCCUGGUGCAUACGGCUACGGCUCCAGCAGUCCUCAGAGACGCAUGACGCUGGACGACUCUGAUGAGGAGCGAGGUGGUCAAGGCAGCACACAGCUGCAGUACAGUCGCUCUCGUAGCAGGCCCCUCGCUGCGGGGACCAAUAGUCUUGGUGUGCCACCUGGCGGUAGGGGCGGCGGAACAGGCUACGGACAUGCGGGCAGCAGCAAUGAUGGCAGGCCCGAAGGCUGGGAGCGCGGACGCACACCCAGCGCCGAUCGAGGACACUCGAGUCCGCAGCAGUACCCUGGCCAAUCACGCACGAGUCCUGCCAGACCAGCCAGUCCCGGAGCGACGACGGCGGGCGCUUUCCGCGCAACCGCGCGAGUCACGAAUGGACCUCAAAGCUGGUCGACGCAGCAGCAAGAGAGGGAAGCUGCGCGCGCAGCACCGCAGAGCACACGCAGCGCUCAAGGUGUCAGUCUGAGCCGGAAUGGCAGCAGGAGUCCUGGAGGACCACGUGCGAACCCCGCUUUCUCGAGCAGCCCAUUGAGCGGAGGCCCAGCUUCGCCGCUUGCGCCUCAAAUGUCUACCGUCAAUGCAGGUGCUUAUGGUCGAGGUCAUGCCGCGGAUGAUGCUCGCUUCGCACCCGGCGCAUUCCAUCCCAUUCCGCCACACGUGGACAUGAGCAACGGAGCACCUGCCGUGAUUCCACUGGAUGGUUUGCCGUCUCCCAUCAGCAUCCCGCGCUCCGCUGGACGAGACUCUGCAGCGCCCUCGCCACUGGGCACGCCUUCACCUGGUCGAUCGCCCGAUGGACGCUCGCCAGCCGCGGGAAGCCCAAGUCUUGGCGGCGGGGCAGGCAAGUGGAUGCAAAAGAUCUUUUCCAGAUCUCCUCGAGCCGAGUCGCCCGCUGCUGAACAGACCUAUGCGGGCUGGAGUCGGGAGCCUAGUCCGGCCAUCGGUACCAACCAAGCGCCUCGCGCUCCAUACGAGCAGAGUAAAGGUCGUGGAUGGAGCGCUAGUCCUGCGAUGGGAGACGAUGAGCGAGAAGCGAGGUUGCAGCGCGAGCGCAGCCAAAGGGAAGCGGCUCGGAUCGUCGAUGAAGAGCGCAGAGCGGUCAUCGAUCGUCCCUUGCAGGGGUACGAUCCGCACACGGACAAGCCAUUCAGCCCAAGACAGGCGAUUGCAGAUCCUCUGGACCCGGAUGGUGUGCGAGAUGGCCGACUUGAGAGGCAAACGAGGAGCCCACCUGGUCGUAAGCCCGUGCCCAGGUUCGAGCCGAGUCAGGAACUGCCUGCGCCGGACGAGCUGCGUCGAAUGAGCUUGGGCACUCGCGAAGAUCUUGCACGACAGGUCGAUCCUCAUGAUGCGCUCAGCCGACUCGAAGGAAGGCUGACGCCAGCUCAACAAAUCAUCGCCGAGACACGGUCUCGACAUCUGGCGAGGGAACGACAGGAGCAGCAGACCGCGUCGACACCUGUCAGGCUGACCACCCAGAUGCAGCGCGGUUUCGACGUGGGCGGACCAGAAUCCGGCACUCCCGCACACGGCAAACAGCCUUCUCAACCUCCAACAUUGCCCUCAAAAUCUCCCGCUGCCUCUCGGCGCAAUCCUUCGGAUGUCCCUCUAACCGUCAGUGCUGAUCAAGUCGAGACGCCUGUUCGCAGAGGCUCUAAGCGUGCCAAUGCACGAUUCGACGAUGCGCAAGCACCGGGCCCGGCGACGCGUGUUGCCCCUGCUGCUGCUGCUGCUGCUGCUGCUGUGACCCCUCAAAACCCAGCACGGGCGACAAAGCAAGGGGCAGCGCCGUCAGGCCGCAAUCCUGCUGCUGCGGUGGGUCUGGCGCCUGGGCAAGGGCCUCUACCCAUGGACAUGACCUUGCCGCAGGCGCUUCAGGAGAUGAUGGUCCGGUUUUACAAGUACGAGCGGUACUCGGUGCCUCUUAUCAGAUCGCUAGAGACGCGUCUGCUGGACAUCGAGCGAGAUGCGCAGAUGGCCAUAAAUGGCGACGCUGCGAGCGCGCACAGCAGCAGAGACCGUGAGAUGGAUCGCUGGGUGGGUCAAAUGACUGGAUUGAUGAGACACGAGGUCGGGCAACUCAAGGCGGCGACCCGGGAGAUCCGAGAAGGGCGAGAACUGCUUGCGCAAGUGGUCUCAAGGAGCACUGGAACGCAGCCUGGUAGCGCCUUCUUGCCGCGUGCUCAAAGCGCCGAGAGCGCUGUUAUCGCAGACAGCAGCGUGAGCAGCACGACAGCUGAUGCUGGUGCGCUGCCCGCCGCAGCAUCUCCGCCCAAGACAAACGCCAAGCUAAUCGCCGCUCACGCUCAGCCAAACGCUUCAGCGGCGCACGGAAACCGCACCAACAAUAUCUCUUCGGCAUCUUUCAACAGUGCCAUGCCGAGGGCCGAUGCUGGACUCGAGCUCCCACCUGGCGCCGCUCCGGCUUUGGAUAAAGAUCAGGGAAAGAGCGGCCCUCGCGGUAAUGCAUCAAAUUCCGAUGACAGGCUUGCAAGGGGCCGCGAGCGCAGUACGAGCCCGAGUGGACGUCCUCGCUUUACUAGCGCUCUCGGAGAGCCGAUGCAGGAAGGACGCCUAUCACCAGCGGAGCGCUCGCCACAGCCCAGUGAGAGGUCUCUCGACCCUCCGCCUGCCCGCCGAUUCGAGGCUGCAGAUGUUGGUGCGAGCAUAAGACCUGGCGCGGCCAGUCCUGCGCUUAGCGAUGCGCCUUCUAACGCGAGCGCUGGCACGAGCAACACCACGCGGUCAAGAAACGCGCGAAGCAUCGAUGACCGACUCAAGGCUUUAGUAGCUGAGAAGAAUCUUAAGAGCCCGUCUCCAAGCCAGACUUCCAUCUUCCAAACUGCGGACGAGGAUGGGGAGAAUCUUCGUAGCUUUGAAGCCCCGCCUUCGUCUAUCAGCUCAAAGAUUGGCAGUGACUAUCAGUUGCAAGGCCAGGAUGUCGUACAAGAGCCCGAGCAAGAUGUGCUCAGCGUUCAAGAUACUCCCGUGGCGGCUUCGAGGGUCCAGCGACGUGGCAAGGGAGCUUCGGACACGUCGCAGGCCACAUAUGUGCCUGCUCGCUCAGCCGCUAAGAAUGCAGCGACGACCUCUCCAUCGAGACGUGCGACGCUCACCGCACCGGUACAAGCUCCUAGCUACAUUGGAGGUAGAACGUCACCCACUCCCUCCUCCCACUCUGCCCACUCCAGCAAUGCCAGGAGGUCGAUCAGCCCGGCCAACUUUGUGCCGCCCACGUCCGGAAGUGGCAUCACGACUGCUAGCAAUGCUACUCAGAGUCUUCGAGCUCGCGCACAGAGCUACCUGCUCAGCACCGACGGUCCUGGUGCUGCUCCAAAUUCGAGUCCGAGCAGAAGUCCCACUUCGCCAAGAACGGCUGCUAGCAUCCUCACGUCCAACCCUGGUGCUGCGAAUGCAGCCAACGCCCCGCCGCUCAGUCCUACGCCCUCCUCGUGGCUUUCUGGCAAGGGCAGCACCUCUCCAUCCAAGUUGGGCAAGAUCGACACUAGCGCGACCGUGCUAUCAUCCUCACCGCCCAAAGCCGUCUCGCCGACCCGAGCGCUGAGCAGCAGUCCAAAAAAGUCUCAACUGAGCCCAUCCAAGGUGUCCACUUUAUCGGCAAGCGCCUCUGGCCAGCAGGCUUUGCCAGUGCAGCCAUUGUCGUUCAAGAAGAGUGCGAGUUCCAUAGCUUCCAAGCCCGACUCGAGCUUCGUCUCGACGCGCAGCAGCGGCUCGGGCAGCGCGACGCCUGCCAAUGCAACAUCUAGCUCGACGCUCAGUUCCAGCACGCCUGGCAGAAAAGUCCCGAGUAUGGGCAAGAGCCUCAAGGAGAGGGCUGCAUUCUUUGAGGCUGCUUGAAAAUUUCGCUCCGCUCCGCUUCGCUUUUCCCCUCCUCCCUGCUAUUCCUGCUGCGUAUAGGCCGUGAACACUGACUUCGUCUUAUCGUCUC